GUAAAAUAACAGUUAUAGUGAAUCUGAAUGAGAUUUUACUGAACAACUAAGCACUCACUGAGUGGUUUAACGUCAUGAAGUUGGCUGAUAAGUUGUCAAUUGUUGUGGCAACGUAGCUGUGGCUGAUAAGCUUACAUAUCGUGAAUCACCAAGAUAUCAUCUGUUAAAUGACAAAUGAUAAAUGAAAAACGUGUCACAAUCAGGUAACUUUUCACAAGAACGCUGCCAGGUUAUUAUCAUCUUGAGACUGUUAUACCCUCCAAACUUUCUGGAUGAUGUGAAUAACAAUGGGGGAAGAGAAAGACUGGCACAUUUCAGCUCAAGAAAUUCAGCAGAAGUUUUAUGAAAGUCUUGGAUCCAGACCUUUUGAUGAAAUAGAAAAAUCCAACCGGUUCCUCCUCAAGAAAAAAGUUGGAUUUGCCAUAUGUGGGAGACCAGUCGAGCUUCCCUGUCGUAAAAACUACAACACAGGUUACAACAAAGAGCAGUUGAUUCUUAUCAAAACGGUUUGCAAUAAAAUUGUUGAAAAGAGUGAAUACAACCCAAUUAGAUUUGCUUGUACCAUCUUAGUUCCUUAUCACAAGGGUAUCCAACCUGGAAUUCCAAUAUUCAGAAUUGUUACGGCCUCUGGAAACAUAUUCAUUGACGCACGUGCUAGAGUUUAUAGAAACUGGAAUCACUUUUUGGAAAAGAACAAACUACCUGACUGUCAAUAUUGCUACCCUCUUGAUGGUGAGUACUCUCAUGAAAAGGGAUUGGUCUUGGGAUUUGCCUAUUCCCCAGCGAGUGGUGUGGUCAACAAAGCUGCCGAUUACCUAGACACAGCAGGGUCAGUUGUGUCAGUUGCUGCGGCUUCAGUGCUGGCCGCAGGGUUCUUCAUCACAGUUGCUCCGGCUGUGGCUGCAGUUGCUGCAACAUCAGCUGCGUGCACUGGUGUCUACGGAGUGGGGCGGAGUGUCAGCUCGCUAUACGACAGGAAUAAACAUGAGCAAUCCAUCGGAUUGAAGGAUAGAGAAUCUCGUUCUGCUUGGUUGUCCAUAGGAUCCUCGGCAUUGGGAGCAACAACAGUGGCUGCUGUCGGGAAGGCUCAGACGAUUGUAGAAGGAGGUAAGUCGAUCGGUAGGUUUGGUACCUAUGGACUCCACGCCCUGACUGCAACCUCUGUCGCUUUCACUGGCUACGGGUUCGUAGAUGCUGCCAUCAUUUGUGCGGAUAAAUACAAGAGGGGGAAACUGACGAAGAAGGAUGUUUUUGAUAUGUCGUGUGAGUUACUGUUCCUAUUUAAUGCUGUCGCUUCAUCCAAGGCGACGGUUAGGCUGAUUGAUGAUAUGUCUGAGACAGCGAAUGAUGCAUUAUCGGAUACGAAAUUGACAAAAACGCAGAGAAGGAACUUGAAAAAGAGGGAAGCAAAGAGGAUAACAAAAGCUUUGCAAAUGGCAUCACUUGAGGAUGCAGAUCAAUCUUCUGGUCCAAGGAUCUCAUUGCUGCUUCAGCCACUUCUUUCUGAAGCCAUAAUAGCCUAUGCCCCAAGAGCAGAGGAGAUUUUAUACAAGUGCCAUUCUAUAGGUCAUGAUAUGAUGAGUUGGAAAAUGAAAGAAAUUUCCGAUGACAAAUUGUUGAUGAGUACAUGCAACAAUAUGGAGAUGUUGUACAAUGACCAUGAGAUUGAAGUUGAAGAAGCAAAUAUGAAAGUUCUAAAAUAUUUUAGGUCUUCAGCUACUGAUAGAAAGAAAAGAGAAGUUAUAAAGUUUUAUAACAACAGUUCUAAAGAAUUAAAGUCAAUAUUUUGCACUAAAAUAAUCAACAUGGAAGAUAGAGUGGAAGCCAUGAUGAAUGAUGCAGAAAGGGACAUUAUUGAUUUGCAGGAACGUUUACAAAUUGAGAAUGAUAAAAGUAUCUCAGAGAACAUUGCAGUCUACUACGAGGAAGAACUGAAUCCUGAAACUCAAAGUCUUCUUAAUGCCUGCAUCGACAUAAUGUUUGCUUCUCCACAAUUCUGUAGUGGUCUUCAUGAUUUUUGUGAGCUUUUGGACAAAGUUACCUCUAAAGUUGUAAAAGCAUUCAAAGCAGAAAUGGCCACCUAUAUUGCAUCACUGGAGCCCACUGAAUCUUCAUCAAAGAGUCUGUUCUAUGCAGACUUAUUCAACAGGACUCAUGGAAUCAGAGAGGAAGUUGUUGACUGCAUUUUUAGUAAAAUACUACAAGAUGUAAAAAGUACAAUUACAGUCGAUGGUAGACGAAAGGAAGCUGUCAGUGAAAUUUCUGCAAGAAUAACAGCGUUAUGGGAGGGUCUGACUGAGGGUUUGUAUGUGUACUAUGGUGCCCAUGGGGCAGGCCGGCUGACAAGGAUCGAGAUAUUACAUGUUAUCAACAGUGUUACCAACAUGGCCAUUCAAGAGAACAACAUUCGGUUGCUAGAAAAUGAGGAUGAAGAUGUGGUCAUCAUUGAGGUAAAGGCCUCUGAUGUUUACAUUGCUGUGUAUUGUGGAAUAACAGAAGAAUUUGAUUCUUCUGGUGUUAUUCUUAUUGUAAAGUAAGGACCAAAGGCAAUAUUUAAUAAUAAAUAAUAGUAAUGACUGUAAUUUAUUUUUGUACACAGUAAAUAAAUUUUAAUUUUAAUAAAUAAAAAAACCAUAAGCAUGUUUUUUUUUAUUCCAGUUACUUCAACAAUAUUGUAGACUAAAUUUUUUUAACAAUAGAGUAAAGAGAAAGUCUUAAUGCUUCUCAAAAUUCCCAAGACAAAACACUUAUUGUGAAUCUGCCGUUGUCCACAAACACUUUGUCAACUCGUUAAACUAGGCCAUCUGUAGGAACAGACUUGUGUCCUUGACUUCCUGCAUCAUGCAUGUCAGUUCAGUCAUCUUUAAACUUUCAACAAAGUUCACGCACAAUACCAUCACUCAAUGUUUUCUCCAUAAAUACGGCACAUUCUCGGA